UGCCUAGCAGACCGAUUUGUUACAACUUUCUAUAUUUUUUUGCAGGGGUAUAUACAAUAUGGUUUCUUUAAGAAUUUGUUCAUAAGACCACUCUGAUUAAGAAAAACGAUCGUGGUUUACGCCCCGAUAUAAAUCAGCCAGAUGGCUUCCCGAAAUGGGAGUCUGACAGCAGUCAAGCCUGGGAGUGCUCAGUCUCAGAAGGCUCAGUACUCAGCCCCUCAGUCUGCAGCUCCUUCAGAAGCAGGCACUCCAUUCAGCUCUCUCCCAACCACUCCAGGACAGAGGCCAUUAUCACCCAGGACAACCAGGGCCCAGUCUUUAGAUGUGAGUACCUUUGACACAGAACGAGAUAAGCAGUUUGAAGAAUUUGAUCCAAAGUUUGGCCAAGACAUUUCUGUAAUCAGGAAGUAUUUGCGAGAAACUGCCAUUGAAUCAUCAUUCCGGACCCUAUGCAAUGUGCUCUUAUCGAGGGGGGACAUUCCAUGCAAUCCCUAUCCUGGCUUUGUGAGGAGGAUAAGACAGUUAGCAGAAAGUUUUCACAUGCGGACCAACAAUAAAUCGGACUUGGAGAUUAGAAAAUUGUUUGAUUUUCCUUAUAAGAAUUCUGAGAUAUCCUACAUGACAUAUGCCGAGGGUCACAAACACAUCUGGGCUUUGCCCAAUAUAGUAUGCUGUGUGGAUCCGUUCAUAGCCAAGGAGUACAUUCACCUCGUAGAUGAUCUAACCCCCAGAAUGUCAACUUUACAAACACAGGAUGGAUUUUCAAAUCAAGUCACGGCUACUCUCGUUGGUCCAGCUGUGUUUCAUGGCUCCUUCUAUGAUGUCCCUAUUACAGUCCAAGUUCGUAUCGACUACUUGAUAACUGGUUCAAACAAGGAAAAGGCUAUUGAUCUUUUCAUUAGUAGUAUCUUAGCAGACCUGAAUUAUACGAUCCAGUUCACUAGUCAUACGGUCUUGGGUAUGAAUGUACCAGUGAGGCGACGAGGGAAGGAGGACAUCUGGUACUAUGACUUCUGGUCCAUUGAUAUGGUGCAGGCAGACGAAGGUAUUCUGUGGAACAAGCUGCGUGAAGUCGUGUAUGAGAACAAACUGAUCAACAUCGAGAUCAUCAUGAGAACUGACCAGUACACUGAUGUUUACCGGCGGGGACAGAAGCAGUAUGGUCUCAGUUAUAUACAGACAAAUGACCUUGACAAUCACAAGGAAGUCUUGUGUUCAUUCACCGAAUUGCCAAUGAUGACAUUAUUUGAGGGGUAUUUCUUCAAGAGAGUCAAUGCUGAGUCCUACAUGGGGAUGUACCUGCCAAGGAAGGAGAUGCAGGGUCUAACUGGACCUACUGAUGGUGCAUUUGAUAAUGCAGAACCUGAUAAGAAAUACCCCACAAGAAACAAGGAUUUUGGUGCUAAAUACCGUGAGAAACUUGGGUUCAAGAAAGCUGACAAGAAAGACAGAGUUAAAAUUGAUGGAUUCCGUUACCACGAUGAAGAGAAUCCCAGUAGUCCAUAUUCAUGGAAUAUUACAUCACCUAUCAGGUCCCUGUGGCAGAGGAAGAUAGCGUCACUCCAUCCCCAACUUGAGAUAUUUGAAGCCGCUCAUCUCAUACUCUUGCUCUCUCUAAUGGAUAGAGAAUCUGCCGAUGAUGAGAUAUUCCUUGAACUUCAUCAUCUUUUCCAUUCGACUGCAGCUAGGAUGGUGCGUCUGCUUGACCGCAACAAGGUUAUCAGGGAGCUGAUCAUUAACUACCAGGAUGAGGAAGAGUCAAGUCUGGUUAACAAGACAUUCCAUGAAUACAGGCGUGAAUUGAAGGAACUCCUCAAUUCUCACAUGCACGAGCGGAGCAUUGAUACUACGACCAUGGCACAGAGGGUCGAUGGAAGGCUGGAGAAGAUAUUGACCAAAGAGGACGGAACAGUCAGGGAGUCUGUACCCCUUGAUACUGAUACUGUGAUUGAGCUCCGUUUCGUCAACCUCUACUGCUCCAUGCUCUUUAACCAGUUCAUUGAAGACGCCCUGGCAGAUUGUCCUCUGAUAAAUCAAUUUGUCACGCUCAUGAAAUCCACAUUCCCUGAGUAUGCUCAGAAACCAGAGACACAGGAGAAGACACACGAGCCUGAUCGGAUGGGCGGGUCGACAGUUGGAUUACACAAAGCCGAGGUGAAAUAUGGACUGGAGUAUCAGCCAAUCUUGUUACAGGAUCGACAAGUGAUCAAUGUUGAGAUGUGUAUCGAGAGAGAUCUAGCGCCAAAAAACAUUGUCAUCGAAUCUGUUCUCAUCAAGUACAUGCUUGAUAUACACAUGGAUGAAGUGUGGUCAGAGUUCUUAGCCGAUCUACUCGCUGGAAUUAUCCUUCCUCCAAAUCCGUACCCAAGAUUUGUAACCCACCUCCGCCAAGCCGCCUUGAAGAUGCACCUCCUCUUUGAGAGCAACAAACAGUGCAUCAAGCGAUUGCAACAUGGGACGCCUAAGUUGGCCGACCCUCAGAACUUUAUCUAUGAAAUACCUGGUUGUGAUGGACAUGGUCAUAUCAGUGCGAUGUGUAUUCUGGACACCGCCGCUUUCUUCAUCAUGUCACAGCUGACGAAGAAACUAACAAAUACAAACUUCACCCAGAAGAAGGGAAAUUUCAAGAUUGCUAUGACGAUGGCCAUCAGUGGACAAAGCCCCCUGUAUGGCAGGAUGGAUCCAUACCUGAGAAUGCUUGAGCUUCAUGAGCAUUGCUACAUCAAGGGACCAAAAGGCUGCUAUGGAGAGGCCAGUCAGAUCUAUGCAAAGAUUGUUGUGAAUCAUCUGUAUGAAAUCCUCAGAACAUCAGAGUACGUUUUCCAUGGCUUUUAUCUCGGCGAUGAAGAACAGCGGUGGACAGCUGAUGACAUUAUUACCAGAAAGAGGGCGUUUACAGCAGAGUUUGAGAGGGUGGUCGCACAGAAGGAAGCACUUGUGUUGAAGUUCUAUUUGCCUCAAGAAUGGCAGUAUGUGCCAGUUGUCAAGAAACACCUCUUUCAUUACGUUGACAGUAAUGAGACAGAGUGGGAGAGGUUCUUCAACUGGAACCCUGUACAUCUGUAUCAGAAUCUUUUCUUUGAGACUGAGAAGGCUGCAUUCCACUUCCAACAAGGUGCCACCCCUGAUAACCAGACGCCCUUCUCCGGACCAAACCUUAGAAUAGCCUUCAACCUUCUCGACCAGAGGAUAAUGAAAGAAGUGAAGGACUUCAACUGGAUAAAAGUCCAUCGGUUACUGCUGACAAAAACUCUCAUGAAUCAGGGUACAACCCAUAUUGCAGAGACGUGGCGAAUGCUCCACAGCGUAGCCGCCCAGAUGGAAUACCUCCAAACACUGAACAUCUCCAUCCAAGAACUCAUCCUGUACUGCAUGGAGGAGAAGGAGAAACUCGAUGCCAGCCCCAUCAAAUUAAACAUCCCACAUGAAAGGAGGGUUCUACUUGGAGCGCUCAAUACAAAGACGUUUGGACUCAUGAUGGAGGCUUAUAGGUCAAAGGUCGACAAAGUUCUCAAGACUCAGGCUACUAUGGCGCCAAAGCUGUUGCCAGAGAUGGUGGAUGCAAAGUUCAAACUAUGCUGUGAAAGGGAUGGCGUCACCGAUGAAUUAUUUGUCAAGAUAAAUGUGAAGAGUGUUCAAACCAUGGAACAAGUGCGUCAGAUGUUACUCGGACUCCAAGAGACACUGUCUUAUGAAAUUCAUCUCAUAAGUCCCGAGGCCAAAGCAGCUAUCAAAAGUAUCGAGGCGGAACUGAACAACAGGCCUGUCACUUACGAAUGGUCGAGAGUUGAGCAGCCGGAGUCGUAUCACCAUGAACCAAAGAUAAGGAUUUCUGCCACGGAGGACAGGAUUGGUGAAUGGACACACCAAUGAAAUUGGACUGGUUUGCCCUUGAAAGACUGAAACUUAAUGCACACGGCUUUGUGCCUGGGCACCUCAUAAGUGGACUCAACUAAGAACACAGCAGCAUAGUGCUAUUGAACAUUUGAUAAGUAGAAUCGCUAGAUAUCUGUAGAUGAUCUGGUUACUUGGACCUGUUGUCCUGGAUUUUGAGACACAUUGUACACAUUUAGGUUGUUCAUCUGCAGAUUUUGGUCUGCACAAAGGUCUGUUCUGAAUCAUUUUUUCGCUUUGUUUCUGACACUUUUAAGAGAAUGAUAUGAGUUGCGUAUCUUGUUGAUACCAUUCAUCCAAAUGUGUAUAAAGCAGCAUAUUUUGAUAUAAAUAUACAUGUUCCCCAGGCUAUUGCUUCAGUUGAUUUAUUUCAUAAUAUAACUUAAGAGGAAUUUAUUUUGUUAUAAUUUACAUGUACUUUAAAAGUAAUAAAUUGGUUAGUUAAAAGGCAAUCUCAUUGUUUUGUUUUU